UUUAACAAUACGUUCCGACAGAUCCAAGUAGGACACUAAAUCACAGGACUCCCUCUUCAAAUGAAACUUGUGCUCACGGAAAUAGCAUAUGUUUACAGCUGUACAUAAACAAAAUGGCUUGGCAAGGUGUUCUGAGGAGAUGUAUGGCCAAGAACGCAUGCAGCAGACAUGUAUCAUCUGAUUCAAUACGGAAUGGAUUGGCAGGCAUGAUGGGGCGAACGCCAUUAGUCCGUCUGAAUAAACUAAGCGACGAGACAGGCUGUGAGAUUCUCGCAAAGGCAGAAUUUUGUAACGGAGGUGGUUCAGUGAAAGACAGAGCUGCCUUUUUCCUGAUCAAGGAUGCCGAAGAAAAGGGGUUGUUGCGACCAGGGGGUACAGUGGUUGAAGGAACGGCUGGAAACACUGGGAUCGGUCUGGCCCACAUGUGCCUAGCUCUUGGAUAUAAGUGUGUCAUCUACAUGCCAAAUAACCAGUCGCAAGAGAAAAUUGAAACACUGAGAACUUUAGGUGCCGAAGUUCGAAGCGUGCCUGUCGUUGCCUGGACCGACCCAGACAACUAUAACCACCAGGCUAGGAGGUUUGCUGAAGGUGUAGAAAACGCUGUCUGGACGAAUCAGUUUGAUAACACAGCCAAUAAAAGGGCCCACAUAGAAACUACAGGCCCUGAGAUCUGGCAAGAGACAAAAGGCCGGGUGGACGCAGUUGUUUUCGGGACGGGGACGGGAGGGACAUUGGCUGGGGUGUCCACCUUUCUGAAAGAUAAGAAUCACAAGAUACAGUCCUAUCUUGCAGAUCCUCAAGGCAGCGUUCUUUACAACUGGAUCAAGCAUGGCAAGCUGGAGAGGACAGAGGGAAGUUCCAUUACAGAAGGUAUAGGUCAAGGUCGAGUAACGAAAAACCUCGAGGGUGCCCCAAUUGAUGAUGCUUUUGCAAUACUGGACACUGAUGCUGUUGCUAUGACAUUCAGGUUACUUCACGAGGAAGGAUUCUUUGUUGGGGCCUCGACAGGGUUAAAUGUUGUUGGGGCUGUGAAAGCAGCUAAACUAAUGGGUCCAGGGCACACCAUUGUGACCUGCCUGUGUGACACUGGACAUAAAUACUACAACAAACUCUUUAGCCGGAAGGUUUUAGAAGAAAAGGGUCUGUUGGAUUGCAUCCCUGAACAGUACAGGACAUCUUUGCAUUAAAUAAAAUUGUGAUGGAACAGUGUUUUACUGAUGCUUUGAUAACAGCAGUAUUACUAACCAUGCUAACAGGAUGAUAGGGCAUGCUAAUUGUUUAUACAAGUAUAAUUAAUAUAUUUCACCAUAUUAAAUCUCAGGAAGAAAGUUAUAAGAUCUUUUCAGAUAUAACAUUGUUUUUACAUCCAAGACUAAGUGGUUUACUGUUUCAAGUGAUUGAAAUACACUUCAUUAAUUUCAAGUGGUCAUAUUCUUAUGUCAUUAUACAGAUUCAUAUUGCUUUUUGAUAAAAUAAAGCAAAUGUUUUUUAGCAA